CGCAGACCGCGCCCCCUCCCGCCUCAGCCCCCGCCCCGGCCCCGCCCCUUCCCGUCCUGCCACAGCCCGCGGAAGCGCGGCCGGGGCCUGUGUUCCCUCAGGUGGGGUCGGUGGCGGCGGCGGGGCCGAGCUGAGAACACGGCCCUGCAACUGCUGAGAAAUAAUCCCCAGUUCCUGACCCACAAGCUGAGGGUGAAUACGUUUGUGCUACAGGAUGUUUCGCCUUCGAUUUCUCCCCAUGGCGGCGGGGCUGGCUGCGGCUUCGCGGCGUUACCACGGGACGGCUCAUCACCCCAGGACGCGGCGCAGGCUCGUGGUGGCGGCUUUCGUAGGGACAACUGCAGCGAUGGCAAGUGCCAGAUUCCUUUGGCAGAGGGCCUACGCAGAAGACUCGUCCUCUGUAAAACACGGUCCGAGGGCAGAGCCGAGCAAGAAGGUGAAGCAUGAGGAGGAGGAGGAGGGCAGUGGCGCUGAGGGCGGAAAGGCCGUCGCAUCUGGCAAUGAGGAGGCUCAGCAGGAGGGCAAGAAGAAGAAGCGUUCUGGGUUCAGGGACCGUAAGGUGAUGGAAUACGAGAACAGGAUCAGAGCCUACUCCACGCCGGACAAGAUCUUCAGAUACUUCGCCACUUUGAAAGUCAUAAACGAGCACGGCGAGUCGGAGGUUUUCAUGACACCGCAGGAUUUUGUGAGAUCAAUAACACCUAAUGAAAAACAACCAGAGCACCUGGGCCUGGAUCAGUUUAUAGUGAAACGCUACGAUGGGAAGGUACAGGUUAAAUUUUCAUCUCAAUUAUUAGCUGAGCUCAUCCCCACUCUGCAGUCCCGUACAACGAAGUUAUCCCAGGAGCGAGAGAAGUUUGCGGAUGAGGACAGCAUAUUCUACGCGCUCGGAGAAUGUGGACUCAUUUCUUUCUCCGACUACAUCUUCCUCACGACAGUCCUUUCCACUCCGCAGAGGAAUUUUGAAAUUGCCUUUAAGAUGUUCGAUCUGAACGGUGAUGGCGAAGUGGACAUGGAAGAGUUCGAGCAGGUCCAGAGCAUCAUUCGCUCCCAAACCAGCAUGGGCAUGCGCCACAGAGACCGCUCGACAACGGGGAACACCCUGAAGACUGGCUUCAACUCCGCGCUCACAACGUACUUCUUUGGGGCGGAUCUGAAGGGGAAGCUGACCAUCUCCCACUUCCUCGACUUCCAGCGCAAACUGCAGCACGAUAUUCUGAAGCUUGAGUUUGAGCGGCACGACCCGGUGGAGGGGCGCAUCACGGAGCGGCAGUUUGGCAGCAUGCUGCUGGCCUACAGCGGGGUGCAGUCCAAGAAGCUCACCGUCAUGCUGAAGCAGCUCAAGAAGCAGUUUCAAGAUGGGGAGGGGCUGACAUUUGAGGAGGUGGAGAGCUUCUUCACUUUUCUGAAGAACAUCAAUGACGUGGACACGGCUUUGAGCUUCUACCACAUGGCUGGAGCUUCGCUUGAUAAAGUGACGAUGCAGCAAGUGGCCAGGACGGUGGCCAAGGUGGAGCUCUCGGACCACGUGUGCGACGUGGUCUUUGCCCUCUUCGACUGCGAUGGCAAUGGCGAGCUGAGCAACAAGGAGUUUGUGGCCAUCAUGAAGCAGCGCCUCAUGCGAGGCCUGGAGAAGCCCAAGGACAUGGGCUUCACGCGCCUGAUGCGGGCCAUGUGGAAAUGCGCCCAGGAGACAGCGUGGGACUUCACCGUCCCCAAACCCUAGCGGGGCUGGGGACAAGCGCCUGUCACUGCCGACACCCGCACCAGGCUCCGGCCAGCCCAGACUGUUCACAACGGGAGAAGCUAGAAAUCAAAGCCUGUUGUAUUUGCAGCUUCAUUGUUGCCGCCUCCGCGUCGUGGUGGGCAUCGAGCUGCUGGGGCUGCACCCCCAUCGCUUCAGUUUGAUGCUACUAAAAAGGGCGUGGGGUUAAGUUUUAAAUUGUUUCUACAUCAAUUGUGCUACUGGGAGAGCUGGGUGGUGAGAACCAUCCCCCCGGGAUUUCGGGUGGCCCAGUUGCUCCCCCAAGUUCUUCAGGGGGAGCGGUGUAAGAGAAGGUAAAACUAUUAAUUAAUAGUGGAGCAACUGCCUCCUACAUGAGCAGCGGGGGUGGGGGUGUUUAUAAUUAAUUGGGUUUUAUUUAAUUUGGAGCCCUUUGCGUGGGUAAUCGCUGCUCUGUACCGGGUGCACCCACAGAAGUGUGUAAGUAAUUAAAACUAUUAAUUAAUAGCGGAGCGACCACCUCCCCCAUGAGCAAAUGGGGUGGUGGGUGGAGGGUGUUUCUAAUUAAUUUGCUUUGUUGUUAAUUUGGAGCCCUCUGCGUGGGUGAUCGCUGCUCUGUACCGGGUGCACCCACAGAGGGGUGUAAGUAAUUAAAACUAUUAAUUAAUAGCGGAGCGACCGCCUCUCCUGCCCAUCCUGCAUGAGGAGUGGGAGUGGGGGAUCUAAUUAAUAUAUCUUUUGUUUAAUUAGGAGUGGGUAAUCGCCGCUCUGUAACGGGGCUGAACGGUGUCGUUUCCUCUCUGUGAAAUAGGAUGUAAAGAUGUUGCUCA